UCUCCCCAGCUCUCUGUAUAAAUCUGCAGCUGCUCCCCCCUAGCCUGUAGAGCCGCUGCUUCACUGCCACAGCCAUGGCUUUCUGCAAACUACUCACUGUGCUGGUACUGAUCCACAACACUGGAGGUUUGCAUGGAGCUGAGAUGAGGAGCUCCAUCGUUGGGGGUAACAAUGCAGCAAAGGGCAGAUGGCCUUGGAUGGUCCACCUAAACAUAACAUCUGACAGCAAGAUCAAGUGGCGCUGCGGCGGCACCAUCCUCAACGAAUAUUGGGUGCUGACCGCUGCACGUUGCUGGGAUUCACGGAGGAAUCCUGAUUAUAGACGAUCAAUGGUUUGGGUCGGUGCAUACCAACUGAGAAAGGGGGCUGUCCGCUACAUGGGUAUAAAAAAUGUGAUCACACACUCAAGGUUCCAAGCUGUGAGCAGUGGCUUUAUCAAUGACAUUGCCCUGAUCCACCUGAAGAAGAAGCUGAUAUUCUCAGAUGAAGUCCAACCAGUGAGUCUACCCAGUGUCAACAACAACUUUGGCCCAUCAUCUGAGUGUUGGAUCACUGGCUGGGGAAACCUUGGAAAGGGUAUUCCACUGCAGGAUCCAGAAACCCUUCAGGAGCUGAAGAUUCCCAUCUUGAGUGAGAAAGACUGUAAGAGAUGGUAUUCUGAGAUCACCCCGGACAUGAUGUGUGCAGGGUACAUUAAUGGAGGGAAGGAUGCCUGCGACGGAGAUUAUGGUGGCCCCCUGGUGUGUCGUACAGCCGGUGGCUUCAUCCAGGCUGGCAUCAUGAGUAAUGGGAAUCCUGAUGGUUGUGGUCUCCCAGGCCGCCCUGGAAUCUACACGCAGGUGUCCAAGCAUCUGCGCUUCAUCAACGAUCACAUCCACCAACGAGAGGAAGCCUCAGCUGAGGUCUAAAUUUCUGAGAAGCUGAAGCGGUCCAUGUCUACUCACCUGACAAACCAACUUACCCUUUAAAGCCUUUCCCCUGUGUUGUACUGUCAAGUCCAUGUAGUUCUUUAUGCUGAUUGACAUGUACUCUGAUUUGUUCAACUAAAUCCUUUGCAUUAAAGUUUGAAAGCAUUGA